ACCAUCCUCAAACACCAACGGUUUCAAAUUCUCUCACAUAUCACUUAAUUGCUUUGUGCUGAUCAUAUAUACAUUUGAUGCCCUUCAAUUCCUCUUAACGCAUGGCUGAUAUCAACUCUGCCUUAGACGCAAUCUCGUCUGCAGAGCUGUCACCAACUGAACAUUCACUCCUGAAGCAUUUCAUCGAAGAAGCAGUUGAGCUAGAACUUGCAGCGCAAUUCAUACAAUCAGUAGUUGACCAAGAUAAAAACAAUGUGGAGAACAAUUUACGUCAAUUCAAAAAAGAUUGGAGAAAGUUGGCUAGCCGGUUAACGGUUGUUGAGACUAUUUAUAAGCCACUUGACGCUUUGGUUAGAGAAAGAGACGGGCCAUAUUGCACCAUGUCAAUGUUUCGAGAGGGCAAUACAAGGCCGGUGCCGACACCGGUUGAGUCUGCUCACGGACGCUUACUUCGCAUCCUUGAAACUUUUGUUUCUACACCUAAUGUGGAUCGGUUGAACACAUUGCUUUCUAGUCAGAUUCAAGAUAAUGUGAUUCCCUUGCGUAAUCUCUGGUUACUUUCACCGAGUGUCCAUAAGGCAUUUCGAGCUGGCCACAUAGAAGUGCGUAAGAGUGUCGAUGAUUCUGAAGACGUGGACACCGGGACUUUGCAACUGGAGACGUAUAAAUUGGCAUACAAGUAUCCUGAGCCACUCAAAAACCUCUUCUUUGGAAAUGGGCUUCAUUUUUCUGGAUCUCUAGAAUGGUUUGAGAUAUCUACAACAAAUCCUACAGAUCUCCCUUUGCCAAGCAAAUUCCUUUUUGGCAUCCACCGCCGCUUCACUACUGCUCUUCACCUUUUCAGCAUCGAGGAUCAAAUCAAUCGCGGCUGGCCUAAGCCUAAAACUAGCAUCUUACAGAAAUUGUUUGGAUCUCCCAUCACAAUUUUCGGACGAGCUUUUCACAAUUUGUGGUUAUGGGUACCAGACUCGAUACGAUUGCGCUGUUAUCGUCAUUUGUGGACCAUUGGAAAAUGGUUAUAUGGACCAGAAGAAGUACGAUGGGUUCAAAGAGUUCCUUUCGGACUUUAUAUUAAAAGAACGCGGGGGACCUCAUGGAAUGAAUCAAAUGCUAUCAAUAUGGUUGAGCGAUACACCUCUAUUCCGGCCCCUCGAAGUGUCGAUGUCGUGGAAGAUUCAAGCCAACGUGUUACCUUCUUAGUCAUGACACGCCUAAGCGGGGAAAGUUUUCGACGUUCGUUUCAUCUAAUGUCAUAUGCGGAAAGAAAUCAAUUUAUGGAUGAUAUCGGAAAAUGUGUCACACAAUUGAGAAAGAUCCCAAAGACUACUCCUUAAUUAUCUUUUUUCUGACACGCUGGGUGGUCCUAUGUAUGAUCAUCUCAUACCGAAUCGAACUGGUGGUCCUUUCAAUACCGAGUUUGAUCUCCAUACAUAUAUGUACAGUGAGGUAGGUGGGGGUCAAUCACUUGCAGAGAUAUAUGAUGGAGAAGAGAACAUACCUCACGGAUACCAGUUAGUAUUUACACAUUCCGAUUUACACUAUUCCAAUUUGUUGGUGGAUCAGGGGCGUUUUUGUGGUAUCAUUGAUUGGGAAUGUGCUGGAUUUAAGCCGGAGUAUUGGGAAUUUACACAUGCGAGCUUUGGAGUUUGGGGUAGGAAAUACGAGAUGUCGUUGUUGCGAAGGAUAUUUGGAAAUCAAUAUGAUAGGAUUCUUGAAAAAGAAGAGAUUCGAUGGAGGUGUGAUUCUAUCUUUUGAAUGGAAAUACCUUGCUGACCAUGAAAUACGGACAAUGGAAAGGCUAGGGAACAAAAAUGACGAUAACAAGCGGAAGAAACAGUCAACUUGACUUCAAAGAUUAAAAGAACUACAGAUCAGAUAUUUGCAAUUUAAAUCGCAACUACCCCAUAUCUAAUGGGAAACGCUCGGUUAGCCUUUAGUACCGUAACCAAAUGCAAGCCCCUCCCCCUCUCUCUUUCCUCACUGCAUAAAGAUAGCCUACAAGCCCGGCUAUAUCCUUAAAGCACACAAAUCCAGUCAAAAAAUCAAACCGUAUCCGAAACCAAGUCAAUCUUACCAAAACUCACAUCCACAUCCUACCAAUCCGUCAAUUCCCAGGACUUCACUUCACAAUAUUUGAGAUAUAUUGUGCAUCUAUCGACAUGCUCAGUAAACAAUCAUGUCUAUCAAACGAUAUGUCAAAUUAACUUAUUGCAACUCAUCUAUAAAACUUCUAAACAACCACCCACCUAACAACUACCUACUCACCUACCCAUUCACCUACCCAUUCACCUACCCACCCAACCCCCUCAAUAAGUAAAGCCAUAUCUUCUUCUCUUUCUCUCCCCUUCCCCCUCCAAGUUCCGACACCUCCCCCACAAUAACCAUAGCAU